AUGCUAUCAUCGAUCCCCGAGAGCAAUGAUGAAGCUUGCAAGACAGGAAAGACUCACUUCACGUCCUUGAUGGAAGACGAAGAGGAUACGCGUCCCAAAGUUCUCUUGCUUCGAAAAUUCACGAGACAAAAAAUGAACUCAUUAUAUAGGCAACGCCGCCUACUGGUAAGACGAAAACCGAAAAUCCGUCGACAAGCGAAAAUCCUCGGGAAACAGUUGAAACUUGGUGAAGAUACUUCUGAAAAACAAAAAUAUCAGGCCCAAAUAAUCGCCGGAAAAAUCAAGUCUAUUAGCAAAGCCAUUGCCACUCAACAAGAACUAGGAUUCGAUCGGCAAAAAUAUUUGCAUCAAAAGGAAAUUUUGAGACAAACCUUUGCACAAAUGGAUACUAGGACGCCCGAGGAGAUCAAGGAGAAAUCAAAAGAGUGGGAAAAAAAUGUCGAUAGAAGUACUCCGUUGAGAUUGAUCAGAUCAUUUUUGGCUUCAACAAAGGGCAAAAUGAACGGCAGAAAGGUUCAAGAGGUUUUCGGGGAGUUAUUAUACAACACAAAUGAUUUCACGGAUGCAUCAUUAUAUGAUUUGCAACGCCUUGCAAAGUAUUUUUCCAAAACACAUCCACCACACGCUGUCUCGGUUUUGGAGGCGGCCUUAGAUCACGGAUUCAAGCUUACCUACGAUGAUUACCAUUUGUUGUUAGUGUUACUUAGAAAGAUCAAAGACCGACUGGGUAUAGUGAAGAUUUUUGAGGAGAUGAAGAAAAAAGGGUUUUGCCUUCAAGCUGCUGAUUACAGCGAACUCUUAAGAUGCUUGAUGGGUAAAGGUGGGAAAUGUAUUGAAUUAGCGAAAAAAUAUUUGGUCGAGGCGAAAUCACAAUACUUUAUAUUAGAUCGAAAUGCUUACGCGGCAUUAAUCGAUGGAUUUAUAGAGAGGAACGAUAUAUCAUAUGCAGGAAACAUAUUUGUAGAUUUCGUGAAGGAAGGAUUGGCCCCACCAUGUAUUAUUCUUCCCAAGGGGCUUAAAGACAAUAACGACUCCAUUAAAAAUGUACCAGACCAUGGUAACAAGGACAUUAAUGUCACGAUCAAUAAUAAAAUAAGUAAAUAUGACAUUAGUAAUGAUAAAAUCGAACAUUUGGAAGUCAUUAAAAUGCCAUCGUGGCAAAGAGCAUUGUUGGGUGAGAUUUACGCUAUACUCUUUCAAACAUUCAUUCAUGAAAACGAUCUUGAUAAGGCAAAAAAGUUCUACGGAAAAUUGAUUUCCAUUAAUCCAUCACCAGACCUAGAAUUGGUUCAAAUGAUGAUGGAAGCAUGUUUGAAUGGAAACGAAGUGAUGACCGCAAAAUUUUUGCUGAAACGCACUAGCACACCAAAUAUUGGUCGAGCUUAUGGUCAGGUGCUUGAAUAUUGCGCGAAAUGGAAACGGUUUAAACAUCUUUGGGUGGUUUACUCGCAAUCUCUGGACCAGGAAAUAAUAUUAUCCGAGAAAACGUAUAGGCACAUGAUUUUGGCGUAUUGUCAAGAAGGAUAUUCAACCGACGCGUUAAGUCUCUACAGGAAGUCCAAGCUCCUGGGCUACUUUCGGAAGGAUCUUUAUCUCCACAACCUUUUAGCCCGAAUCCUGAUGAGUAACGAACAGAUCGAUCAGGCGCAGAAUGUUUUACUGGACAUCCAGCAACUGGGGUUAAAACCCGACAUUGACACUUACAGAGUUAUGCUACUUUUCGCUGAAAUGCAGAAGAACUCAAAAAAUGCGAUUCAAGUGUUUCAGGAAAUGCGACGGCAAAAGAUGGCGGUUGAUCACGUGACACUUCUAUAUUUGAUAAGGUGCCUGUGCGCGGCUGGGGAUUUCGAGAGCUCGGAAAUGGUUAUUGAAUUGAUGCAAAGAAAUAAUAUGAGUCUGAAUAUUAAUUAUUAUAAUAUACUUAUGAGAGCCUACGGAGGCGGGUAUGAUAGAAGAGUUAAAUCUGACGGCGAUCACAUCGGUUCGCCUUGUGAUAACGAUGUGGGAAGGAAUUCAAGAAAUUCAACAAACCGCUCGGCAAUUGAAAAAGUAUUGGGCGUAUUUGAUGUUAUUCGAAAUUCAAAUCUGAUUCCAAAUGAUGAAACAUAUCACAUUUUGAUCGAGGCGUUUGCAAAAGCUGGCAACAUUGAGAUGGCCAAAAAAAUUUACAAAUCAAUGAAUGAGGUGGCGAUUCGACCAAGUCUCGAAGUAUUUCACAUCAUUUUAAGAAAUAUGAUUGAGACGCAGGGUAUAGAGAAUGGAGCCGAGAUGUUCUGGGAUCAGGAUACGCAUUAA